AUGGAUCGUAGAUCUUCAAAUGAGUCCUUUUCCGGUGGCUCGCCGCUGGGCGGCCUCGGUGGCCUGAGCUUCUCGGGCGCCGGAGGCGUCGGCGGUGGCCCCUCGUCGCCCUUCCAGUCGCCCUUCCUUCAGGUGGACCCCUCUGUGAUGCAGCAGCCGCCACUGAUAUCAAAUGAGUUCAUCUUUCCCGAGGGCGCGACCAAGUCCUCGCGAGGUCGCUUUGAGCUCGCUUUCGGUCAGAUCGGCUUCUCCGUGGGCAUGGGCGCCGGCAUCGGCGGUGCAAUGGGCACCUUCAAAGGUCUCCGGGAGGUUUCCAAGAUCAGCGAGGCGCUCUCCGUGAAGCGAACCCACCUGCUAAAUUACAUCACCCGAAACGGGGCACCGAUGGGGAAUACCUUCGGCGUGAUAGCGCUCAUCUACUCGGCAAUCGGCGUCGGCCUGAGCUUCAUUCAGGAUGAGAAUGAUGAGAUCAACACCGCGGUCGCCGCCACCACCACCGGCACGCUCUACGGUGCCCUCAGUCAGUCGAAGGCGAUGGAAGGCCUUCAAGGUCCUGCACUGACUCGCCUUCGCCUGAAGCGCGCUGGCUUCGGCUUUGCCGGCGGUCUGAUCGCCUCCGCGACGCUCAUCUACGCCAUGAACCAGGACAAGUAUGGCUCAAAAUAA